GUUCAUUUUUCAUGCCCAGGUAUCGACCGCAAAUGCCACUAGCGCUGGGUUUGAAUGGCCUUCAAUUUUCAUGAUAUGUCUGACAUACAAUGUGUUGAUCAGAAAAGCAGUGGCAGUGAUAGUAGCAGUACAGGGGAAGAAGAAAGACUGAGACAAUUGUUUCUAAGCUGUGAUUCUAAUAAUGAUGGUUGCUUGGAUUGUGAAGACUUAUACAACAUGUGUAAGAAGCUAAACAUGGCAGAAUGUGCCGAAGAAAUUAUAAACACACUUGGCGCUAACACCAAAGGUUGCAUUACAUUCGAUGAAUUCCUUAGCUGUCGAGAGAAAGUUUUUCAAAUGCAAACUGAAGCUGACAAUAUAUAUUUCGCAAAGUCUGGUUUGUCAAAUCAUCAGAUCUAUAAGCCGUCUGGACUUAGUUGGUGUGGUCACACAACUGAUAAAAUUCAUGCAAGGGUUCAAAAUAAUGGACAGGAAGUGAAUGAAAACUCUGUUCGCAAAAUGAACGAAAAUAUCAAUCUCGAGAGUUCCGCUAGCGAAACCAGCCUUGUUAACUCAGGUGCAGAAUAUGAUUCUGGAGCUCAAGAUCUUUGUGGUGAACCACAAAGUUUAUAUUUGUUAAUGCAACGUGAUUUCCCUGAUCUAUAUAAAAUUAUAUUUCCAUUACCUAUGAAUUCAAUAAGAAAUGAAUUUGAAAAUGAUACAAUGACAAAUGAAUUCAAUUUAUUAUCUGUCAAUGAUAAAGAUAAUUCUGCAAAAGAUUUACAGAAUCAAAAAUUAACUAAUACAAUAAAUAUUCAAUCUGUAAAUAAAUUGAGUAAUUUACCAAGACAUAUAGAUAAAGAAUCAUUUUGUAUAAAAUCAAAAGAAAUUGAGUCAAAUCAUUUUUUAGAUAAUGUUCGACAUUUAUUUGAAUGUGCAAAUACUCUCCAUGUACAACGGACAGCUCAGUUACGUUCUGAAAUUCGUGAUCUAUCUCAUCGACUACAAGGAUUACAGACAAGUCGAGAUAUGAAUCAUCGUGAAGUACAACGUUUACAAAGAGAAAAAGAACAAUUACGUAAUGAACUUACUAAUCAAGUAUCACGUUAUGAAGAUCGUUUAACUGAAUUACAUAGUGUUAUUGCAGAAUUAAGACGUCGUUUAGAACAUACAGAAUCAAAUAUUAUACAUGAAGUAGAAGAAUUUGAAGAAAACGAUGGCGAUGAUGGUGACGAUGAUGAUGGUGAAGUAAAUGACAAUAAUGUAAUGACUAACUAUAAAUCAGAUAGAAAAUCAAAAUUGUCCUUAUUAAAUACAUUCAAUAGUACUAAUAUUAAUCAUGAUUAUUCAACACAUCAGGAUGAAUUUGAUAAAGAUAUGAGUGGAAAUAGUGAUACAUCAGUUAAUGUUAUGAUGGAUGAUGAUGAUGAGGAUGAUGGGGAUGAUGAUAAUGUUGAAGAUGUUGUUGGUCCAUCAAGUGAUGCUAUCGAAGAUAAAUAUGUUGGAAUUAUAAAACAGUAUCAUCAAUCAAAAUCAAAUUCAAAUCUUCAAUAUGAUCCAUUGAAUCAUAAUCAUGAACUAGUUCGUCUACAUAAUGAGAAUAAUAAUAAUAAUAAUGUGAAUACGGAUGGAGUAUCUAACAAGUAUAACCAUGAUCUUUGUAUAAAAUAUGAAACAAUUAUAUCGAAUAUGCAAGCUCAAUUAACAUAUGUCAUUGAAGAACGAGAUAUGUUAGCUAAUCAAUUAAAUGAAUUAACUGGAACUCAUAAAUCAAUACUUCUUAAUUCAACUAUACAAACAUCGACAGUAGUUACUGAGAAUGUUUCAUCAUCUUUAGCGGUGUCGACGACGACAACACCAACAACAUCAACAAUAUCAGAGAUAGUAGGAUUAAAAUCAUAUUCUAUAUCACAUCCAAUUAUGGGUUUAAAUCGAUCGGUUCAAAUGAGAUCGAACAGUAAUAAUAAUAAUGUAUCAUAUCCUCCAAUAACUUCUCUUUCGACUCCCUCUUCGACAACAGGAUUUUCGAUAUCUAAACAACAAACAAAUGUAGAUAACAAUAUUACUAAUCAAUUACAUAAGACUACUUCAUCUGAACAUUUAAAUCAUAAUAAAGUAUCUGGUACAAUAACGAAAUCAUCGGUAACAACGUCAGUGACAAAUACUACAAUGACAACACAAAUGAAUUCUAAUGUUUAUGAUUUACCUGAACCAGAAUGGAUUACACAAACAUUAAAACAAUAUUAUGAAUAUAGUAUCACUCAUAGUAAACCAAAUAUUCCAUGUGGUUUGUUUAGUGGUGAGUUACAUUCAUCUACAACAACAACAACUGCAACUAAUGGUGGAGGUGGCGGUACUGGUGACCUUCGCGGUUCUGGUGGAGUAACAGGAGUUUUACCAUUCGAUUUUGAACAAUCAUUAUUUGAUCAAUUAGGCUGUGAAGAGAUAAGUACAAAUCUAUCAGAGAAUUCAAUGAAUUUAUCUAAUCAAUUUACACCGAAUGCAUUAAUGAUAUUUCUGUGUAGUUUAGCACAUUCAACACCAUAUCCACGUUUAUCUGAAUUAGCUCAUUGUGCCCAAUUAACAUCGUAUCGUUUAUUAACUAAAUUAGCACAUUAUCAAUCGGAUUGUUUAGUACUUCAAGCGAAUUUAGCUGAAAUUAAAUCAAAUGCUGAUCAAAUGCAAUGUCAAUUAAAUCAAAUUGAAUCAAAUUGGUCAAUUAUUAAUCGUGCUAUGCAAUAUUGUGAAGCUGCUUUAGAAGUUAGUGAUUGUUUAAAUCAGUUAUAUUCCACGGAAUUAGCUGUUACUAUAUUCCGUCAAUCACAAAAUAAUCAGAUGUUGAAGCAUCCAUUCUCAACAAUAUCAUCAUCUACAUCAUCUUCAUCAUUUCAUGGUCAUAAUAAACCGUCUCAAUUGCGUCAUCAACCAUUGAAAAAAUAUGAGAAUUCACAACAGAUUUCUGUUACUACAUCACCGUAUCAACUAUAUUCAUCAAUUGGUUCCUCAGAAGAACAUGAUUUAUUAAAUAAUAUAACUAAUACUAAUAAUAAUAAUACAACUGCUGGAGUUGGACAACAACAACAACAACAGAUCUUUUCAAUGAAUCAUUUCAAUUUGCAUAAUUUGAAAUCAUUAAGACAACAAGUUGAACUUUUAGCUUACACCAUAUUAGAUAAAUAUGAAACAUCAGAUGGUGGUUAUGAAAAAAUUCUACCAACAUCUUUACCUAAUUUAACUAAUAUCAAUAUGACAACAACUACAUCAGUCGAAGGUACAAUACCUACUAUACAUGGUACCAAUUUAUGUCCAUUACAAUGUCUCCAGAAUGUUCAACAUUCUUCACAAUCACCUAUAAGUCCUGGUCUUUGUUCUAUACAAUCAGCGAUUACAUCAUCAAGUAGUUUAUUAGAUAAUAAUAAUAAUAACAAUACUACUACUAAUCAUAAUAAUAAUAGUAUCUAUGCUAAUUCAUGGUAUGUUAGUUUAAAUCGUAACAAAUUCAAUCCUGCUCAAUGUUUACCAAUAGAAAUGAAUGAACAUUCUAAUCAAUCACAACAAUUACCUUCAAUGUCUUUACAUUCAACAAGUAGUUCCAUUCCAUCAGUGAUUUAUCAACAACAACAACGACAGUAUAAUAAUAAUGUUAGAUUAAAUCAUAAUUUACAAUUAAUCAAUCCACAUUUACGUUCAUUUGUUAAGUCUAAUUCACAAAGUAAUACAAAUCAAACUAUAAAUGAAAGUAGAAUGAAUGGAAGUAUUGAUGGUUGUGGUUGGGAAACUCCAGAUUCUGGGGCUGGAAGUAGUAGUAUCAAUGAAUUAUCAUCACAUCAACGACAACAAUCAGGUUAUUUGCUGAAUCCAUCAUUGUUUUUAUCUUCUUCAACAUCUUCUUUGCUAUUUGGACAUUAUUAUCAAACUUAUGGUGAAAUAAUUCAAAAUAAUACUACUCAUAAAGGGAAUAAUCCAUUAGAUUUAUUAGUAGUCAAUACAUUAUUAGAUAAUCUACCACCAUUAUGGACAUUAUUUACAAAAACAUCAACAUCUUUUUAUGAAUCUGAUUUAGAUUCAUCAGAUUCAUCUGAUCUACCUGGAAAUUUUAUGAAAACUACUGAUUUAUCAAAACAUACUACUCCUUCACAUCAUCAUCCUCAUAAUCAGCAACAGCAACAGCAUCAUCCACAACAACAACAACAACAUAAUAGUAGUAUUCAUGGUCAGUUAUUACCUCAAUUACCUCCUAUCUCAUCCCAACAACAACAACAACAACAACCCAAUUCCCAUUCUAUACAAUUAUCUAACUGGUCUAGAUUAGAAGAACGUAAAUUACGUAUAAUUUAUUAUCAAUUAAUUCAUCAUUAUAAACGUUUACAAUCUAUGUUAAUUGAUAUGCCUAAUCCAUAUCAAUUAGUGAUACCAAACAAUACUACUACUAAUAAUAAUAGUAGUAAUAAUGUUCUAGAAACAUCUUUAAUGAAUGAAAUUGGCGAGAAGCCAAAAACUACCAAUCAUGUAAUCAAUCAUCAUCCAAAUAUAUUAACAAGUAGAUCUAUAACAGUUAAUCCAAUACAACAACAACAGAUUCAUUUAGAUCAACAAAAUUCAAUUUCAAUGAAUUCAUUACGUAAAUUACCAUUGGCUGUAUUUUUGGAAAAUUCAAUUUUAUUACAAGAAUUAUGUUGUAUUAAAGAAGAAUGUGCUGAUCUUAAAAUUCGUGUAUAUUUACUUGAAAAAGAAUUACACUCUAAUCGUUUAACAUUAGAUAGUCGUGCAGUAGCUGAACGAGCAUUACGUGCACAUCUUGAUGCAUUGAUUAUUGAACAAAAUAAUCAACAAUCAAUAUUCAAUCAUAAUCAUUCAAUAGUAACAGAAUUCAAUAAAACAACACCAACCAUAAAUCAAUCGAUACAAAAUGUUAAUCAUAAUGAAAUUGUUUUAUUAAGAGGUCAAGUCAAGAAUCUAUUACAAGCACUUGAAGCAUUACGUAGUAGUACAGAAAUACAACAAAUACAAAGUGAAGAAUUAGUAAAUGAUUUAAAACGUGCUAAUAGUGCAUUAAUUAAAGCAUUUAAUAAAGUUAAGCAUAAAUAUACAACACGUAUUAAAAAAUUAGAAAAUCAAUUACAUUCUAUACAACCAAUUCCUUCAAUUGAUUCUAAUUCAUUACCAUUGAAUAAACCAUUUAGACCACAGACAAAUAGUUCGACGAUUAUUCAGACUGCUACUACUACUACUACUACCACCAGUACUACCAGUACUACUCAUAACGAUCAUUUAAGUAAUACAUUCAAAGGAUGUAUCAUAGAACAUCAUGAUUUAAAUAAUGUAAGUAUUAAUUCACAUAUUCAUUCUAUUUAUCCUAUCAAAAGUAGCUUUCAACAAUCUACAAUAACAACAACAACAACAACAUUAAACCAUUCAUUAAAUAUACCUACAAUGAUUGAUUCUAAUCGUGAUUUCAUACCAUCAAUUCCAACAUCUUAUAUUCCUUCGAUUCCUCUAAAUCCUAAUCCUCAUCCUCAUCAUCAUCAUCUUGAUCAUCAUCAGGAUCAUCUUUAUCCACAAACACAACAACAAUUGAUGAAAUCAAAUACAUCUAAAGUAAAAACAACUCCUUCACAACAUUUAACAAAUGUAAAACAAUUUCUUACUCAUUAAAAUAUGGUUCAUAUUCUUCUAUUCUCUGUCGUUUAAUUCUUCUAUUCCCUACCCCUUUCCCCCCCCCUUGCCUGCAUUGUACAGUUCAUUAAUGAAAUUUGAAUAGGAAUCUUUCCUUUUUUUUUAUUCUUUCAAUUAAGAUUACAUUUUCUUGUUUCCUUUUUGUAAUGUGAAUAUUUAACAAUAAUCCAGAUGGUUACAUUAUCUUUUAUUUGUUGUUUUCUUUUUUUUUCAUAUUUUCCGCGGUUUGAUUUGUUUAAAACAAAACAAAAAAUUUUUUGGCGGCAAAUGGAUGACACGCUACACGAUACUAUACAUAUAUAUAUAUAUAUUCAAACGAAUUAGUGUACUGUUUACUGCUGAAAUCUUUCUUUUCAAUUCUCCUUUUUUUUAUUCAAUCUAUACAUACUACUAUCUGUACUACUUAUAUCCAUUCUAUAUAUACUAUUUAAUUCAAUGAGAUAAACUAAUUAAUAAUGAUUAUAAAUAUGCCUUAUCUUUUAAGAUUUAAAUCAUUCAAUGAAUAAUGAAUAGAAUAUAUAUAGAUAUUUAUGCUUUGAAUAAUAUUCAUGAACAGAUCUGUACUUAUUUUGGGGGGGUUCUUUCCCCCCCCCUCCUUUUCUUCUCUUUCAUUAUACUCUUCUUAAGCGAUGAAUAUUUUAUGUUUCUCUUUUUUUUCAUUGAUCUAUUCUUUUUUUUUCUUUUCUUUUUCCCCCUUAGUAACAAUAAUAUUCAUGAACAGAUCACUUUUUUAAAGGGGUUGUUUACCCCCCUUUUUUUCUUCUCUUUUUAUUAUACUCUUUUAAAAGCAAUCAAUGUUUUUUAAUAAUGCAUUUGAUUUUCUUUCUUUUUUUCUUUUGUUUUUCCCCCUUAGUAACAAUAAUAUUCAUGAACAGAUCUGAACUUUUUGAGGAGUUCCUUUUUUCCCUCUUUUUUCUCUUUAAUUACACCCUUCUUAAAUAAUCAACAUUUUAUAGUUGUGCAUUUAUUUAUUUCUUUUUUUCUUUCUUUUUUUUGAUUGAUUUAUUCUUUUUUUUCCUUUUCUUUUUUCCCCCUUAGCAACAAAACCAAAUAGAAUUCUAUUUGAAAAUUAAAAAAAUAUAUAAUUUGUAAAAAAAAACAAAAAAGAAAAAGAAAAAUUUUUUUUUCUUCUUCUUCAUUCAAUCUUACCUUGGUUACAUCAUCAUCAUCAUCAUAUUUUAGAUUCGUAUAGAAUGGGAUCUUGAUGAUUAGAAUAAAAGUUAAAUGAUAGAAAGAAGAAGAAGAAGAAGAAGAAGAAGAAGAAGAAAUCAAUAUUGAAAGUUUUUUUUUAAUUUGUAUAGUUGAAUCUUUUUUUUUUCAAUAUUGUUUUUUGGUUUUCACAUAUAUAUAAAUAUACUACUUAAUUACUUAUUUUGAUGUGCAUAUAUUGAAAUACAUGCAUAUAUCAUAUAUAUA